AUGCAUAUCCACAGCUUCAAGGAAGUGAGAAGAAUUUACAAUGUGAUUGGUACCAUCCGAGGUGCAAUAGAACCAGAUAGAUAUGUUAUCCUGGGUGGCCACCGGGACUCUUGGGUAUUUGGUGGGAUUGACCCUCAAAGUGGAGCUGCUGUUGUUCAUGAGAUCGUCAGAAGCUUUGGGAAGCUGAAACAACAAGGACAGCGACCUAGAAGAACGGUGAUAUUUGCCAGCUGGGAUGCUGAGGAGUUUGGCUUAAUAGGCUCCACAGAGUGGGCUGAGGAAAAUGUCAAAUUACUCCAAGAACGUGCAGUGGCCUAUAUCAAUGCGGAUUCCUCCAUUGAAGGGAACUAUACCCUUCGAGUUGAUUGCACACCGCUCAUGUACAGCCUGGCAUAUAAUCUUACUAAAGAG